CUCAAAUUUACCUGCAUACUGCAGAGAAACACGUACAGUUGGCAGAUCAAGUCUCGCGCAUCGACUUCUACGGCGAAUCUGCGAGUGCAUUCCGGCAAGAUCUCGAUCAUUCUGAGUGAAAAUUUUAGUCUGAUCCGUUUCUCAAAAUUGAUCUGCUUGAAUAUUUGGAUACAUCCGAUUGAUGGCUCCGGUUUCGGCUCUUGCGAAGUACAAGCUAGUGUUCUUGGGGGAUCAAUCAGUAGGGAAGACAAGCAUCAUCACUCGAUUCAUGUACGAUAAGUUCGACAACACAUACCAGGCUACAAUUGGAAUCGAUUUUCUGUCAAAGACAAUGUACCUUGAAGAUCGAACAGUGCGUUUGCAGCUCUGGGAUACUGCUGGACAAGAAAGGUUCAGGAGUCUCAUCCCCAGCUAUAUCAGGGAUUCCUCUGUUGCAGUCAUUGUGUACGAUGUUGCAAGCAGGCAAUCAUUCCUGAACACUUCCAAGUGGAUUGAGGAGGUUCGCACUGAGCGAGGCAGUGAUGUUAUCAUUGUCCUUGUUGGGAACAAAACUGAUCUUGUGGACAAGAGGCAAGUUUCGAUAGAGGAAGGAGAAGCCAAAGCUCAUGACUUAAACGUUAUGUUCAUUGAAACUAGUGCAAAGGCUGGCUUCAAUAUAAAGGCAUUAUUCCGGAAGAUUGCUGCAGCCUUGCCAGGAAUGGAAACACUAUCUUCGGCUAAGCAAGAAGACAUGGUUGACGUCAAUCUUAAGUCUAGCAAUCCUAGUGGAUCUCAGUCCCAACCAGCCUCAGGAGGAUGUGCCUGUUGAAUGGCCUUCAUCGAGAACCUUUUUGCCUUCUUCGUUUUCUAUCGUUCUCUGAUCCUAAAAUGUCUGUAAAGUUCUUCUUUCUCCUUGACAGCCUUAAAUUUUUUCGGUGCGCUGGUUAUAGAAGUUAAACUGAGAUAUAAGAGUAAGAUCCAUCAUUAUAGUCGGUACAUUCCCUUUCCAGGUUAUGUGAGAUCUUAAAAACAAACAGUUUCCAUUUAGCAGGCUUAUUGAUAUAUGCUGUGGUCUGUGAUAACAUUGCAAGAACUGAGGAAACCCUAGCAGUGAGUAGUGAUCAAUGGUUGGUAUGACGUGUUUAAUUGCCUUUUUUUUUUUAAAAAAAAUUAAAAUUUUGUAAGCUGUAUGUUGUCAAAAGUUUUGCCUAUAAUGGAGUUGAU